CUGAACACUAUUCCACUCAGUAUGUGUAGAUACCCAGAGUACAUCACAGUGAACAGUGUGAAUGAUAACAUUGUCAUAUCAGACAUGUUGAGAUACUGUGUACAUGUGCUGUCACCUACUGGUGAUCAUCUGUACCAGUAUGACGGCAGCAGAGAAGGCAGUAAACUGAGUUAUCCAUGUGGAGUGUGCACAGACAGCUAUGGUCACAUCUUCAUUGCUGACAAUGGUAACCACAGGAUAGUGGCACUGAGUCCACAGGGACAGUUUAUCAGAUACAUUGUCACUGAGGAUGAUGGGUUGGAGUUUCCCCAGGCAGUAGUCAUCAACCCUGCUACUGGUCAACUGGUGGUGGGAGAGUAUGGCGGCAAUGUUAACACAUUCCAGUACAUUGACCUGAAACAAGGUCAGUUUUCAGAGGAAAUCAAUAGACAAGACCCACUACUGCAAGAAGCAUAUCAACGAGCAUGUAAGGAUGGCUUUGAAAGAGUGAAGAGGGCAAGGGUGAUGCUGCUGGGCCAUUACGGUGCGGGUAAAACACACCUGAGAAAGAGGCUCCUCGGAAAGGAAUAUGAUGAAGAUAAAGAUCCAAUCACUAAUGGUAUAGAAACUGACUAUGUUCUUGUACAGGAGGGUUGGAAUUCAGAUGAAGCUGAGUGUCAUGGGCCAGCAAUAUCACGUUUGCUUGCUGUUAACACGAGAAAGAUACAUGAGGAAAUCCGGGCAAGUCAUGCAGAGUUACAACCCUUGGGUCAAGUUGUGCAGGCAACUAAUGUACCAACAUCAGAGAAAGUGGAGAAAUUUGGCCCAAGACUUGAAGAUGAGAACACUUUGUCAACAGGUGGACAAAUUUCGGCAUCACAGGACAAGGAAAGGGAACAUCAGCCCAGCCCUAUUAGUUCCAAGGAGGCUUUGUCCUAUUUAAAAACAGAGGAGAGUAUGGAGCUCCCUUCUGAUGUCUUAACACAUUUGACAGAAAGCUCAUACGACAUUGAAAAUCCACCUCCUCGUCUAGCAGUCUGGGAUUUUGGAGGGCAAAGUGUGUAUUACAACACCCACCACACAUUCCUUUCUUCCAGAGCUAUUUAUAUUCUUGCCAUUGAUAUGAGCCUUGCUUUAACAGACAGGCUUGAUGACCAAUGGCAUGGUGCUGAACACUUCUCAGGAACUAUUCUUGACUUUACUUAUUAUUGGAUAGACAUAAUCCAUACUUAUGCGCAACAGCAAAACAUGAGUGAAGAUGGGGUAUUGUCCCCCCGAAUAAUCAUUGCUUGCACGCAUAAAGACAAAUACCUGGAAAAUGUUCCCAAAGAAAAGCAUGAAGAAGAAAUAAAUGCGUACUUUGCUAAAUUGCGGCAGUAUAUACAACAGAAGAGAAGUGGUGUGCAUGUUGAUCCUCAUUUCUUUGCAAUUGACAACACAUGUCAAGAUGAAGAUCAAGAAAUAUCUGAUCUCCGUCGAUAUGUUAUGAAAAUUGCUGAAAGCCAAAAAUCUUGGGGAGAGAAGAAUCCAAUAAGAUGGAUUAGAUUAGAAGAAGAUCUUCAGCUGCGACAAGCACCCAAGAAACGAGAAAAAAGGUGGAUAAGGUAUGAGGAGCUGCAAAAUUUAGCUCUUAAAGUUGGAAUGCAGGAUGCCAUUGAGCUGCAGUCAUUCCUCCAGUUCCAUCAUGACAUUGGAGAUCUUAUGCACUUUCAGACUGAUGAUCUCUCAGACACUGUCAUUUUGAAUCCAACAUGGCUGAUAGAUGCAUUCAGGUCUAUUAUAGCAGUUGAUAAACACCAUGUCAAAGCCAAAGGGACUCCUUAUUGGUCUGCAUUAAAGAGGGGCAUCUUAGAUGAAAGACUUCUGGAUGAGCUAUGGGGAGAUGAUAGUGAGUUGAAGUCCAUUGUAAUCGGUGUUAUGGUACAAUUCAACAUUCUUUUGCAACAGGAUGUCAAGCCAGGUACAACAGAAAAGCCUACUUCUCGACAGUUCUAUGUGCCCAGCUUACUUCAGGUAUGCAAGAAUCCAGAAUCUGGGGUUGGCAGUGAAGGAACACUAUUCAUACAAGGGAAAGAGAACUUUAUGCCACAUGUGCUUUUCAACCGUCUUACAGUGAAGUUAGUCCAAAAUGACACUUCUACAGGAAGGAAAGGUUUAAGAAGAAGAGGUGACUUUUUCCUCAUUAAAAAUGAGCUGUACUAUGAUUAUGCUGUAUAUGCAAUCGAUCCACGCAGAGGAGCGCGUUGUGCUUUGAGAAAGUCAACAAAAUCCUCUUGCAUUGAACUGAUUCCCUUAUAUCCCUCAGAGACAAAGUUUGACAGAACAAUCCGAGGGGCAUAUGCUAAGUGGAAGAACCAUGUUUUGAUGCAAAUUCAGCAAGUUAAGCAGACUGUCAGCCCAAAUUUGCGACUAGAAUGGUGUGUCAGAGACCCGAGAAAGCCAAAGGUCAGAGAGGAGCUGAUGGCAAUCGAUCCAAAGGAGUCUGAUCUGACAGCAUGUGGGCUACCUGAGGAUUCAGUGUACAGACUAUGGUUUAUGCCAGACUCAAGUGAGAAGGAGGAUAGUGUUACUCCGCCUGCCACAACAUUACCAAGAGUUACUGGAGGACACAGAGAUGGCGGUAUGUUACAAGAAGAAAGAAUUUUAAAAUUACCUGCACCACCCCAGACCAGGCACUCUGCCUCACAAGGUAGCAAGAAGAUUGGGACAGAUGAUCUCAAAGAUACAUACCUUAGGAAAUUCUCCAUCACUCCAGAAGGUGGACAUGUUCAUCUGAAGGAAGUUGGAGUAUUCCUGUUAGUGCCUCCGGAAGCCCUGGCUGAAACUACAGAAAUGUUCAUUGGUAUAAGUGAGAGAGAAGAAGACAUGCCACCGCUGCCACUGUGUCAGACUAGAGCAAGUCCAGUUGUUGUCUGUGGACCACAUGGCCUGACAUUCAGAACACCAGUGUACUUGUCAUUUUAUCACUGUAUAUCAGGCACACGCCAAAGAAGGAUGGGAAAGAUCUGUCCUGAAAUGCUGACACAGAAUUCAAGACUGGACAAUCCAUUUUACAUAUGGCAGUCAGAAACUCACUUAAGUGAACCUUGUCAGUGGGAAGUAUUGAGCAAUGCUUCUGUUGUGUUGACAAACACCAAAUGUGUCUUAAUUGUGAACCAAUUCUGCAAACACAGUUUGUCAUGCGACAGUAAGCGUCUUUCUGCCUUGGUGUUUGGGUCAUUUCAGCCUCGACGUGUCCCCUUGCUGAAACUGAAGGUGUGCUGUGUCAAUGACAUCCAAAAUGAGGUCGAGAAUGUGACAACUAAAGCUAAGGAAUCUCUCCAAAUGGAAUUGUUAGAUUUGGAAAAGCAGUUUGAAUUCUUAACUUGUGAGUACAGUGAGAGUGAAGAUAAGGAGUCAUAUGAUGUCAGCCUUUUGUUGGAUGGGUUUGAGACAAAGUGGAACAUGCAUGAAAAUUGUCCUAAAAAGGUUAAUAUAAAGUAUGUGAAACUGCUCAAAAACAAAACAGAACAUGUAACGUAUGCUUUGAACCCUAAAAUGACAGAUGAACUUGAUGUGCUUGAUUGCAAGAUACACAUAAAGCAGGAAGUAUCCAAGGAUCAGGAAGAGGACAUCAAAGAGCUGACAUCCACAGAGUUUGACAUCCACUGGAUCUUACCAGUUGGCCCCCCUAUGGACAAUCUUGGUAGUUAUUCUGGUGGUCCAGCAAGCCUAAGAUCUGCUCCACAAAGGAGUUCACACCCAUUGCCAGGAGGUGAAGUGCAGAGGCAUGGUAGCAACCACUUUCAGUGGAGACCAAACCAGCAGUAUUACCAGCAAGACCCAUACCAACAGAAUCAACCUAGGUUUCAAUUCAACACUGGCAACCAGCAGGAUGACUUACAAUCUCAAACAGCAAGGGGGGUGGUUGUACAGGGACAACGUCAACAAAAUCAGCGUAGGUUUCAAUCUAACAUUGACAGCCAGCAGUAUGACUUCCGAUCUCAAACAGCAAGGAAGGUGGUUGUACGGGGACAAAAUGAGCAGAAUGAGCAAACUUCACAAUUGGAGUUUAGCAACCAAUGUUGUGUCAAUGACACCCCAGAUAAAGUUGAGAGAAGCCAAGGAAGUCUUUCUGGCCCUUGCAGAAAUGCAGAGGAGGAUCGCUUCAGCAAUAUCCCUGUGUUUGGAAAAAUCCUGCUCAGUAUGAAGUAUGACUACAGAAAAGGUUGGCUAAUUAUACAUAUUUACCGAUGCCAAGAUCUUGCUCCAGCUGAUGUGAAGAAGAAUAGAUCUGAUCCCUAUGUCAAGACCUACCUCUUGCCAGAUAAAUCAAGAGGUGGGAAGAGAAAAACAAAGAUAAAGAAGAAUACAUUGAAUCCAACAUUUGAUGAAUCGCUGCAUUACACCAUCACUAAGAAUGAGCUGGAAAGAAGAACCCUGUGGUUGUCAGUCUGGCACAGUGUCACAUUUGGCCACAAUGUGCUCCUGGGUGAUGUUGUUUUGCCUCUUAAUAAACAGAACUUCAAUGACACCUCACCACAGUGGUUCCAGCUAUCAGGAGACCAUAUGGCUGCUGGGGAUCGAGACCAAGGCGUUACUUAUGUUACUGACCCGCACAGCAUCAAAACAACGAGAGGGCAAGUUCUAAACCAGGCUGAUGUGGGCAACCAGUGGCAAAGAUCAAUGUUAUUGGAGACAUCAUUACAACCCAACUUUGACAACCAGCAGGAUGACUUCCAAUCCCAGACAACAAGAAAGACUGUUGUAUCAGACCAAUACCAACAAAACCAAUCAUCAUCACAACCUACCUUUGGCAAGCAGUCGUUGCAACAAGGCAGUUUCCAAUCUCAGACACUACCUGGUGAGUCAGCAGGACCAAAUAUAUCCUAUCAUCAACAAGGAGAAUCCCAGCAUAGCAGACUACCUCAGGAACCUGUCACUGACUGCCACCUGGAAGAACAAGGUGGUGACCACAUUCAAACAAGGAGGAAAUCAAGCCAUGACUUCCCAUCUUUACCCCCACAACAGGACCCUGUGGCUGCCGAGGAUCAAGACCAGCUUGUUACUGACCCUCAGACUAUUAGAACAAAGGGAAGCCAAGUUCUUAACCAGGCCCAUGGGGAUAAUCAGUUAGAAAGAUUACCUACGGCAGUGACACAUGGGAUUGCUGGGGUUCUAAGACAGCUCCCUGCUAACACAGGCAACACAAAUGUUACCCUCAAUUUGCAACUGGUUAACCAAUAUUAUAACUCAGAAAAGGCAACAAUGACACACAUGAAAGAGAACGAUGUGACAACAUCUUUUCAUAAACAUAUUCCUCCACAUGUGAGAAAACGACUGAACGAGACACUUUGUCAAAAUGAUGUAUGGAACCAAGUAAAGAAGAUGUAUGGCAUUUUAGAUGAAACCCCAUGUCCUCCUGAUGUUGUGACUUCUUUGUUGUCUCAAGUCCAGGGUUCUAUUGCAUCUUUCAUCAGUGUGUUGUUAAAGUUGAAAGAAUGCCGCAGAGAAAGACAGCAAGACAUUCCACAAGACUUGAUUAAUGAAGUCAAGAAAGGACUUCUGAGUGAAAUGGAGUACAACAGACUAAGAGAGAAAGUGGUUGACUUUGCUGAGGAACUUUCGAUUCAUAUAGAAAGAACUUUAGAUUACCUGUAUCAGUUUAGUGUAAUACCAGAUGAGGAGACAACAAAGCUUAAAAAUGAUGCAAAGAGAAAUCCACAAGAAGCUUGUAGAAAUUUGUUUAAAGCACUCCUUGCGACCAGUCCUAAAAAAGAGCCAAUUAAACAUCUGAGAGCUGCAUUCAGGGAUUGUGGUCUUGGGCAUCUGACAGAUGAACUAGAAGUCAGCUACCAGGACGUAGAGGAUGAAAUACAGAAACAUGGAAGUGGCCAACCUUCUUGUGAAGAGCCGUUGGCGAUAGGAAUGUCAGCUCCCCCCACACCUGCAACAGGUGAAAACCCUAUUGGAGAACAUUAAAACUGUUUGUACAGUAUUUGACAGUAUGUAUCAAGAUUGUUUAUGCUAUUUGGGUCACCGUGGACUAAGAACAUAUGGUGUAUUACCACAUAUAUUGACAUCAGACAAAUAAAGUGAUUGUCUGUAUUUACUGAUGUUGAACAAUCCUGCUGAAAAACUAGUGAGGCAAACAUGAAUAUUUACCAUUCAGCAUCAAAUGAGACCCCUAACUUUUAACAGGAAGAUGACAAAUUUUAAGCAAAACCCAUUGGCCCAUGAAA